AUGUCGUGCGAGCAGACAAUCCUGAUUACCGGAGCCAAUCGCGGUAUUGGCAAAGGCCUUGUUUCUGUCUUUCUUCAGAAACCCAACACAACAGUCGUCGCGGCCGUUCGCGACCCUUCCAAAGCCUCUUCAAUCGGUCUCACUGAGCUGCCCAAAGCUGCAAGCUCGCGAAUCAUCGUCGUCAAGCUUGAUGCAGCCGACAAAUCCGCGGCUGAAGCUGCAGUCAACACUCUCCGAACCGACCACCACAUUGACUCUUUGGACGUGGUUGUUGCGAACGCGGGCAUAAAUCACUCAGGCAGUCAUGUCAUUCAAAACUCAACCCAAGCGAUUCACGAUCACUUUGCCGUGAAUACGGUUGGACCGUUGACCUUGUACCAGGCCACUGCUCCGCUACUUCGAUCCGGCAAGAGCGGUCGCUCGAGGUUCAUCGCUAUCUCGUCUAAUACUGGCAGCAUUUCCGGGAUGGAUAUUAUGAAAGGCCUCUACACUACGAGCCCAUACGGAGCUAGCAAAGCAGCUCUGAAUUGGUUCAUGCGGAGGAUUCAUUUUGACGAGGACUGGCUCACUACCUUAGUCAUCAACCCAGGUUUUGUCUUGACUGACAUGGUCGCUGAAACCAUACGAGAUUAUCCGGUGAAGCCUGAGGAUAUGGGUGCUAUCACUGUGGAGGAGAGCGCCAAUGGAAUUCUUAAAAGGAUUGAGACUGCCACGAGGGAUGUUAGUGGCACAUUUCAAAACUUUGAUGGCAACCCACUGUCGUGGUAA